CUCUCUCUCUCUCUCUCUCUCUCGCUCUCUCUCCAGUACGCAGGCGCAAUGCGGCCCCGGAAGCGGUAUCUGAGCGCGGCGGAAGCCGGCGCGUCCCUUUCGCUCCCGGGCGGCCAUCAUGGUGUUCAAGCGCUUCGUGGAGAUCGGCCGCGUGGCCUACGUGUCGUUCGGGCCGCACGCCGGCCGCCUCGUGGCCAUCGUGGACGUCAUCGACCAGAACCGGGCGCUAGUUGAUGGCCCCUGCACUGGUGUCAGAAGGCAGGCUAUGCCCUUCAAGUGCAUGCAGCUGACUGAUUUUGUUCUCAAAUUCCCACACAGUGCUCGUCAGAAGCAUGUGAGGACCGCCUGGGAGAAGGAAAAUAUCAAUGAAAAAUGGGCAGGUACAAGAUGGGCAAAGAAGAUUGAAGCCAGAGAAAAGAAAGCCAAGAUGACAGACUUUGAUCGUUACAAGGUCAUGAAAGCAAAGAAAAUGAGGAACAGAAUCAUCAAGCAUGAAAUCAAGAAGCUCCAGAAGCAAACUUCCAAAAAAGCCUCCUAAACUGUCAUUGAUGAAAUAAAAGUCCAGUUUAGUAUAUCCCA